AUGAAGAGGAAGUUUGGUCUGAUGAAGAAGGCGUACGAGUUGAGCGUCCUCUGUGACUGUGAGAUCGCUCUGAUCAUCUUCAACAGCUCCAACAAGCUCUUCCAGUACGCCAGCACGGACAUGGAUAAAGUCCUGCUCAAAUACACAGAGUACAACGAGCCGCACGAGAGCAGGACCAACUCCGACAUCGUGGAGGCCCUGAAUAAGAAGGAGCACCGAGGCUGUGACAGUCCGGACGCAGACUCCUACGUCCUGACUCCGAGCACAGAGGAAAAGUACAAGAAAAUAAAUGAGGAGUUUGACCACAUGAUGAGGACUCACAAAAUUUCAGCAGGUCCCCCGCCCCCCGGCUUCAUGCACAGCGCCCCCUACAGCAGCAGCGUGGGAGGCGCCUCAGCUCUGCCCGACAGCAGCCUCCUCUCACACGGCCAUCUGCAGAGGAACAGCUCGCCUCACAGACCUCCCAGCGCUGGAACCACAGGAGGUCACCAGGGCGGCUCGGAUCAGACCGGUCACAAUGGAUCCGGGAACAUUGUAAAUGGAUUUGUGAGUCCAUCCGGCGGCGGCAGCAUGGGGAAGAUUUCACAGCCCAAAUCUCCACCUUCCACUUCUAAAAACAAGACGGACCUAAGAGUGGUCAUCCCCCAGUCUAAAAACAUGAUGCAGAAUAAUCACAGACUGAACAGCAGUCAGUCCAGUCAGCCCCUGUCCACUCCGGUGGUCUCCAUGACGACGCCCAGCCUGCACCACAGCCUGGUCUACUCCGGCAGCAGCUAUAACAACGAUUAUUCCCUGAACAGUGCUCAGCUCUCAGGCUUCAGUUCUGCUUCAGGCCCUUCUCUGAGCUCCAUGGCAACGUGGCAACAACACCAGCUCAACUCUCUGAGUUCAACAAGUUCCACUUUGAGCCUCAAUGCAAACCACAACAUCAACAUCAAAGCUGAGCCGCUGUCUCCGCCCAGGGACCACCUGAACCAGUCCAGAUACAUGAGUGCCCAGUCUCACCGAGUGGCCCCUGGCUCCCACAGCGCAGAGGUGGGCCGCUCCCCCACAGACAGCAUGGGCUCCUCCUGCAGCUCCCAGGAAGGAGGCCCUGAGCGGGACGAGCAGCGAUCAGACUUCCACUCUGUUCCCAUCAGCCACAUGAGCCGCGCUGAGGGCCGGGACAGCCCCACCCUCAAGCGCAUGCGCAUGGACAGCUGGGUGACUUAA